AUGGUUCGAAUUCCUCCCCCCGGCGUUUACGUCCCAUCGCCGACGUUUUUCAAGCCCCUGAGCCCGGGGGCGCACCAAGCCGAGGUUGAUGUCGCGACUCAAUCCGAGCACAGCGUAUUCCUAGCUAAGAAUGGUGUCCAUGGCCUGGUACUUCUCGGGUCUACAGGCGAAGCCGUGCACUUAAGCAGGACAGAACGGCGAGAUCUACUCGGUGGAGUCCGCAAGGGGCUCGACGAUGCGGGAUUCCCCGACUAUCCCAUAAUGGCCGGCGUUCUUGUAAACGCUGUUGAUGAAGCUCUGGAAUGGCUACAGGAUUCGAAAGACGUCGGAUGCCAAUGGGGCCUGGUUUUGGCACCGGGAUAUUUUGGUGGUGCAGCUUCGCAGCAAGGGCUUAUAGAAUGGUACACCACAGUUGCUGACAGGAGCCCGAUUCCCAUUUUAAUCUACAACUAUCCGGGAGUGACAAAUGGGCUUACGGUAACUCCUGAAACAUAUGAGAAGUUGGCGAAGCACCCAAACAUAGUUGGCUGCAAGAUGUCCCACGGCAAUGUAUCAUACCACGUCCAAGUAUCAACGUCGCCCGAAAUUGACCAUGAAAAAUUCCAAGUCUUCAGUGGUUUUGGCCAACAGCUCGGACCCAUUGUUCUGUUCAAUGCGGCUGGCGUUAUCGACGGCUUGGCUGCAUUUUUCCCUAGAACUGUGGUACGACUAUUUGAGCUUGUCAGCAAGCGACCAAUCGACGAUGCCGCCAUCAAAGAAGCUAGAGUCCUCCAAUAUCGGGUAAGUCGAGCUGAGGACUUUAUUGGACGUUGGGGUAUCUUGGGAAUUCGGGAAGGCAUUUAUCGUGUUGCUGGUCUAGGUAAUUUGGAAGGGGGACGAGCACCGUUGAGAGGGAAGAUCCCUGAGGGUGCAUGGGAGGAGUGGACAAAUGUCAUGAAAGCGAUGUCUGAGUCAUAG